AUGGCGUUGGACGUGUUGGUGACGAAGAAAGACGUCUCGGAGAGCGUUGAGCAGAUGCAGGAGCUGAGCAGGUGCUGCGAGGCGUUGAGCCAGAAGCUAAAGGAGGCGUCCGAUGCGUUUGGCGACUUUGGCGCCGUGAUCGAGAAGAUCUCCCGCUCCAAGGGGAGCGGGGAGCACUGCAAUGCGCUCAGCACGUUCAGCAACUACCAGUAUCUGAUAUCGAACCAGCACCGGUACUUGGGGGAGCUUCUGCAGCGAGAGUUUGGAGACAAGAUCGGAGACAUCAAGAACGAGUACGAGGGCCGGAACCGGGUCCGACGGGACGAGUUCCAGAGCGAGUAUAAGACGCUUGUGAAGGAGUUGAAGAGCAGCGAGGUUGCGAACAGCAAGCUGCGGAAGGGGAAGAUACGGAACUUGGUGUCGUACAAGACAAACCUUGCGAGCUUGACGAGCAAGCUCGACAACAUCGACCGCGUCUACCACGACUACUACGUGGACUCGUACGGCCUGAUCGAGGAGGCCAGCGGGCGGAUAGUCGAACGCGCUCGGAGCGUGGUGCGUCAGGAGUCGGUGGUGUUCGGCAAGCUAGCGGAGAAGACACGCCCCGGGAACGGACUGGACGUGCUUUUCACGGAGGACGUGGACGCGGACGUAGACGUGGACGCGGAUGCGGAAGCCAUUGCUGUCGACGAGGACGAGGACGUUGAGGACGGCGACACGACGAUACGGGAGGAGCGGGACGAGGACGAGGCGGCGGUGCGGGCAGCAGACGACGUCGAAGACGACGAUGACGACGACAUGAGCAGACGUGACGAAAGGUACAUGCAGCAGGCGGUGGAGCUCUUGCGCCAGGAGCAGCCGGAGCCGGCUGGCGACGGCUCCGUCGACCGGGCCAGCGAGGCCGCCAAGGCCAGCGAGGCCGACGCCGACCAGCCGAUGCCCCCUGCAUAG